AUGGCUUCUGCCUCAGCCAUCAUCAUCCCACAAACUCUAUCCUUUUUCCAUCCCAAUUCCCGAUCUUUCCUCCUUAAGAAUCCCAAUCCCAUUAAAUUUCCUCCCACAAAGAUUUCUGCCAGCAACCAAUCAUCUGUGAAUUCCAAUGGAGGAGGAGCAAUAAAAUUCAGAGUUCCUCCACCACAUUCCAAGUUUUCACACUCCCAUAGAAGGGUUAUUGUGAAAUCUCUGAGUUCAGAUGGUGGUAUGACAUCAACAACAACAACCCUGCUGAACAAGGUUGUUGGGCUGUUACAUUUGUUGGUUUCUCUUGGGAUCAUAUUGGCAAUGGAUAAGUACUUGAAGCAGGCAUUUGUGGCUGCUGCUAUCAAAUUUCCAAGUGCCCUUUUCGGGAUGUUUUGUAUAUUUACCAUUCUGGUGGCUCUUGAUUCCGUUGUUCCGGCUGCAGCCACUGGUUUGAUGAACUUUUUUGAGCCUGCCCUUUUGUUUAUUCAGAGAUGGCUUCCACUUUUCUAUGUUCCUUCUCUGGUAAUUUUGCCACUUGCUGUUAAAGAUAUUCCUGCUGCUUCGGGGGCUAAGAUUGCUGUCAUCAUAGUCGCCGGAUGGUUGGCUUCACUCUUAGUUGCAGGCUUUACAGCAAUAGCUAUUAGAAAAAUGGUUAAUACAGAAAUGAUACCAGCUGAACCAAUGGCAAAGCCUCCUCCUUUCUCUCAACUCGAGAUUUGGUCUUGGAGUGCGAUUUUCGUUUCAUCAUUUGGAUUGGCUUACUUAUACCCAACAGCACUUGGAACAGCUGCUAGGACUUGCUUGCCGUUUCUGCUCUCGGCGACUGUAUUGGGCUAUAUGGUUGGUUCUGGGCUUCCAUCUGAUGCAAAGAAAGUGUUGCAUCCAAUUAUUUCCUGCUUUCUUGCUGCAGAUUUGGCAGCAUUUGCCUAUGGAUACAUCUCCAAAAUUGGACUCACUCCAGUCUUGGAAUAUUAUCUCACAAAAGCUUCCUCAAACCCUGGAGCUGGUGAUAUUCUAAUGGGGUUCUUAGGAUCAGUUAUCCUUUCCUUUGCUUUCUCAAUGUUCAAACAGAGGAAGCUAGUUAAGAGGCAUGCAGCUGAGAUUUUCACUUCCGUGAUUAUUUCAGCUGUGUUCUCUUUAUACUCCACAGCUUUCAUUGGACGGCUUCUUGCUUUAGAACCAACUUUAACUGUAUCAAUUCUUCCCAGAUGCAUAACUGUGGCUCUUGCUCUCAGCAUAGUCUCUUUCUUUGACGGUGCCAAUGCCUCUCUCACUGCUGCCGUCGUUGUCCUUACUGGUCUUGUUGGAGCCAACUUUGUUCAGACUGUGCUUGAUAAAUUUGGCUUUCGCGAUCCCAUUGCUCGAGGAAUUGCAACUGCUUCCAGUGCGCACGGACUAGGAACUGCGGCACUGUCAGCCAAGGAACCUGAGGCUCUUCCAUUUUGUGCAAUCGCAUAUGCACUAACUGGUAUCUUUGGUUCGUUGAUAUGUUCCAUUCCAGCAGUCCGACAAAGUUUGCUGGCAGUGAUUGGUUGA